UUCAGUUUCAUUUGAGACGUUGACGCGAUCGCCAGCAAAAACAGCAGCUGCCAAACUAAGCGGCCAGGCCAAAAUCGCAGGCAAAAAGCAACUACAAGUCGCGCAUGAGAUAUAUAUUUAAACGGGUUAAUCCAAUACACAGCCGAAAAUCGAACGCUCUUAAUUUUAUACAUUUUUUGUUUUGGUCGCUUGCAAUUUGCCGAGCGUAAAUUUCAGCUGCAAGUGAAUUUCUGUGUGGUGGUGUUUUGUUGUUGUCGUAAUUUGCAUAAUCUGCAAAGUUAAUAAACAAUGCAAAGAAGUGGGCAAAACUCAUAAAUAAAGUGCACCGCUUAAAGUGUAAUUAAAAUUCAUUGAGAUUUUUUACGUGCACACAGCAAGGAGAAAACAAGUUUGUUGCCUAAGUUAUUUGUUUUGAAUUUCAAAAAUUUACAAAACAUUUAAUAAGAAGUAUUAAAAAAAAAGCUGGAGAGCUGACUUGAUCCCAGGCCACGUCGACAAGGUGUUCCAUAAAAGACUUUGAUGGUGACAAGUGAGGAUUGCUAGAGGCAUUUAACGAACGAAAUGAUUUUGAGAACGCAGCUUUGGCUGGGUGUGCUCCUAGUGGCACUUCACCUCAGUCCCGCAGUUUUUUGCCUAGAUGAGGAUUACGGCGGCGGCGGCGAAAUGGAUGGAUCCAGCCUGGGGGGCAAUGAUGAGAUCUACGACCCGGCUCAAUUGGAAGCCGAGGUGGAAUCGGAAAUGCAACAGCAUCGCAAUAGUUUGGAGGAGGGUCAAACCGAAAGUUCCCACACCAUCGAGCUGGAAAUGAGCACCAUGAGGCCCAUGGAGAGCAGAUUGAACACCAUGGCUCCCUACUCCGAGGAACACACAGUCGGAGAUUUAAUGGAUGAUACUCCAACGCAAAAGCGGGUGACAAAGGUGGACAACCCCCCUCGGGACUACUAUUACGAGGACGCUCCCGAGGAUGAGGUGGUGGCCAGCACUACAGCCAGGGUGGUCACCACCAUGAUCCCCGAAUAUGUGCGCCAGGCCAAGGCGGAGAGAUUCCCACAGCGGGAUCAAGAGCACAAUGCAUCCGACUACGUGGAGGAAGAGGCCACCAAACCGGUGGAUGAGCAAGAAGAGCCACAUGAGCCCAUUCCCCAGGCUCAAGUCCAACAGCUGCCCAGUCAGGACAAACCCCAUCCGUUCAAGUACUCCUCCGAGGACGAUUACUACGAUGAGCCGGCGGAAAAGAAGUCAAGUCCCACCACAACCACCACACCUUUGCCAAUUCUAAGAGCUCGUUUCGGUGGCUUUCCCUGGGCCACCACCCUGGCACCCAAUCCUCCUGCUGCCAAUCCUACAACUUCUACUACAACCACAUCGACAACAACAACGACAACCACAUCAACAACAACGCCCAGUCCCAGGAAACAACCCAAACACAUCCAAGUGACCGGUGGCUCAAAGCCGGAAUUACUGCCAGCGGAUCAACUGCGCAACUACAUCAAGGAUGUUUAUAUUCGAAUGCCUUUGGCAGUGAUCGUGGAUCCAUCUUCCGCAUCCUUGGAGCAAGCAAAACGACUUUACAUCGAUGCUUUGCAAGACAAGAACAUCGACAUCAAGAUUGUCUUGGUUACGCUUAACGGAGCGGGUGCCCCCUCUGCCUUCAGCUUUAACAAUACCCGCGAGUUUAUCGCUGGAUUGAACAGCACCAAGGAGCAUGAGGGCGGCAACUCGUUUGUGGGCGUGCUCCAUGCGGCCGAGCUGGUUCCCUACGAUAGUGCCGUUUUCAUCUCGACUGCAGCGAUUCCACCGCACACGGAACUGGUCCAGGAUGCGGCCAUCACUCUGCUCAAGAAGAGGAUCAGGCUAUUCCUUCUGUGGUACGGUGAGCGAUCGGGCAGUGAGAACGAAACGGAGGACGCAGUGGGCGGAAUCCUGGGCGAGGUGGCCAUUCGAUCGGGUGGAGAGAUCAUCCACAUCGUGAGCACCGAGCAUGGACAGCACAUAGCUGGCAAUACGCUCACCCUGGUGGCGGAUGCGUACCAGGGCGUCCAAGAGUUGGAUCUGCCGGUGGACACGACGUUGUCCAGUCUCCAUGUGCGCAUCGAUGCGAAUAUGAGACGGGCCACGAUGGAGACGCCGAAUGGUGAGAUAAAUUUGAAGAAACUGGUCAAAUUUGUCGGAGCUAAUUCCACGGAUACGUCGAAUCCCCAAGAACUGGAUGCCUACGUACCACUUAACAAGCUGCGACGCGCGGCAAUCUUCAAAUUGAAACUACAGGCCGAGUUAGAUGUAAAAUACAAUGUUUUCGUACGCGCCGAAAGAAAAGCAGAUGUGUUUUUGGGCGACAUAAUCAAACGAAUCGAUAGCUACUACAAAAGCGGACAAACAAAGGCCAAGUCGGCCAGAAUCCAGUUUCCCGGCAAGGAAAAGGACACCGAGAAGCUGGAGGAGGAUGUGGACUCGCCAAAAAACGAAAUUGAAACUUUUUCGGAGAAGGAAAUCCAGAGUUCUCCGAGUUUAAACCAAACCCUAUUGGCUGCCACCACGGGACAGCCGAGGAGCACCUUAAAUGCAAUGCUUCUCCAGCGUUGUGGCACCAAAAUUGAGCUAGGGACACAAUCACAGCUUCUGGUGACGGCUGGUCAGACAGCCUCGCUGCUUUUUGAGGUCACCAACAUGAAAUCUGAGGCGGUUUACUCCACCAUUCAAGUCACCGACGAGCGGCGAUUCCUAGUACAGCUGAAUCCCACCAGAUUGAAUUUGCGCGCACUGGAGACGGGUACAGUGCGUCUGACCGUUUUAGUGCCAACUGGCACGGCUCAGGGCACAACAGACCGGAUCACCUUCACCAACUAUGGUCGCGAAACAUCUACCCUGGCCGUUAACCUUAAAGUGGUGACCAGCAUAGAUGCUCAGGACUCUACUGGCCCUACAUUGUCCUGGGAGUUUGGCAGCCGCUGUGAUUACCUCACGCCCGAAUCCCUGAAUUGUGGGGAGCGCUUUUGGACGCUGGAUGUCACCGCUCAGGACUGGCAGUCGGGAAUGCUGCGUUUGCAGGCCACGCCGCCCGAGGGUCUUUUCUACAGGAACUACUAUACCGCUGGGAGCACAGAACCCCUGAAGGCCACCUACAUGGCCUCUUGCUGUGAACCAAAGGUAUCGCUUGUGGCUUUUGAUGCGGCAGGCAAUCAGAGGAGCCUCACCAUCGAUGUGAGAGAUGUGUAUUUGAGCGAGGCCGCUAUCGCAGCCAUCUGUCUGGGAGUUAUUUUACUUCUCCUGCUGAUCGCUGCCCUCAUCUGGAGCAUUGUGUGGUGCUGCCGGCGGAGGAAAACGACGCUAGAGCUGCCCACAUAUAGAUCCCACUCCACCAGGAGCAUGGAGUAGAAUGUUGUUGUGUUAUGUUGUGCCAAAUGCCAAAUGCAAGUUGAAAAUGACUCGAUAGAGUCUAAUUAAAAUGCCAUGGAAAAAUCA